GUUCAAAAAGCCAAAUGAUGACCGUGCUCUUCGUCUGAUGACCAAGUGUGCCCAGACAGUGAUGCAAGAAUUGGAGGAUAUUGCUAUUGCUUAUGGACAAAGCGAUGAAUACAGUUUUGUUUUCAAAAAGAAGAGUAGAUGGUUUAAGCGAAGAGCAAGGAUUUGAUGGACGAAUCGUGUUGUAUCCCAGCAACCAAAACUUAAAGGACUACCUCAGCUGGAGACAAGCAGAUUGCCAUAUUAAUAACCUUUAUAAUACAGUGUUUUGGAUGCUCGUACAACGAAGUGGUUUGACACCAGUACAAGCACAGGAUAGACUUCAGGGAACUUUGGCUGGAGAUAAGAAUGAAAUUUUGUUUUCUGAAUUCAACAUCAACUACAACAAUGAGCCUUUGAUGUAUAGAAAAGGAACUGUCCUAAUAUGGCAGAAGGUUAAUGAAGUCAUAACAAAGAAAAUAAAACUGCCAGAGGAAACAGAAGAAAAGGAAGUUGAAGUAAAUCGAACUAGGACUAAAAUUGUUCCUCUGCACUGUGACAUUAUAGGGGACCAGUUCUGGGAGGAAUAUCCUGAGAUUCUGGCUGAGGAUAGUUGAUUUCUGCAGCAGGUGUAACUGGCAGUUUACGUUUUGUUCUGCUAGGAUUGUUGCAAAGUGAGGAAUAUGGAUUGUGGCUGGCAGAGUUUAACUUGUUACCCUCUUCAACAACUUUUUUUUUUUUUUUUUCCCACCAUUGUUGCCUGAGAAACAAACACUGGUCUCUUUUCUGACAUAAAAAGAUAUGUCCAUAUGGAAAAGGUAAAAUCAUAUUAUAUUUUGAAUGUUAAGAACUCAUUAUAAAUUGAAAGACUGUUCCUUGUAAAUGCAUAUUUGCAAAAAGACUGUAUAAAAGGUUAUGUAUUUGAACAGUUGAAAGUGGAGGGAAAAAAUAUAUUUUUUUUUUUUGAGUUAUGAGACAGAUCAGGUUAUUACAGUGGGCAAUUGGUAAUAAAUUUCAAGGCCACUGUGUUUAGUCAAGUUAGUGACAAAAUACUUGACUACCUAAUGCCUCUGGAGUAGCCUGUCAGUUUCCUACAACUGAUUUAAAAGCUUUUGUCAGCUGUACAGAAUUUUUAUACUUUUUUUAAAGAUUUAAAAGUAAUAAUUUCUUCCCUAUGUUUAUUAUUUGGACUUUCUUGUUAUGGUGACUUUUAUUGGUAAUCAGUGGAAGCUUCAAAUAGUUAAGCUAACAGUAAAGACAUUCAUUGUACAGACUUGAAUUCUAUUAGGACGUGGGUAAACAUUGUACUGUCAUUUUUCUGUGGCCUGGGAAACCAUCUGACUCAUACUGUGCAGUAGACUGAAAAGUAGCAACACAGGGGAACAUUCCUGGUGCUUGCAGAGAGGAUGCUAGCAACAGUUUGUGGUGGUGGUCUCUGGUUCUGUUACGGUUGAUACAGAUAUAGCAGUGAUGACAAUACUUGAUAGUUAGAGAGAAAAGUAUGAUGGGGAUGUGUGUGCCUCAUUUAAGUGUCAGUUGAAGACUCUUUGACAAAACAGUUAAAUCAUACAAUCUUUCAGAGCAGAAAUAUCUCUGCUAAUAUUAAGGGGCUUGUCCCCCUGUAAUUGGAAUUUUAAGGAAAUAAACUUUCAUUAUAAAUACCUAUCAUUAUAGAAAUGCAACUAUAAUGAUACUAUAUUAUUACUGCUUUAACCAUACUGGUUUCAAAAAGAAACAGUAAUCUAGCUGACAAGCUGUUGUUACGGGAAAGUUUCAACUCAACAGUUGAGACAAGCCAUAAAAAUAUAGAGAGGAUUGAGUGUGACUGAAGAAGAUUAGCAUGGAAUUAGCCUCUCAUUUGUUGACAAAGCAACUUCCUCUCUGCUUUCAUACUUUUCUUCCCACAGGAAGAAUUUAUACAUUUAAAGCAAUGUGGUUUCUUUUUUCUUUCCUCCUAGUUAUUUACUCAGAUCUAAUUUGAAAAACUGUAUUAAAUAGGUAUUGAUGUAAAAUACUACUUGGCUGUUUCUUCCUUUUUCUGAGAAUGAACAAUGCAUCUUUGUAUUUAUAAAAGCACAGUAAUCCCUCUCCACUACCGUGUCCUAAUACGGAGCAGACAAGUACAUGCGGUAAGAGAAUGUAUAUUACUUUUAGUACAUAGAAAGGGCUGUUUAGUCCUCAGGAGGAGGCUAUGAGGGACUGUGAAGUGAUGUUUCUGAAUGAAUCAUUAUACUGUAGUCAUUUAGCAAUAAGAACUUCCUGAUACUACUGUACAUGGGCUUUCUUUGUCCUGUGAGACAAAUAUACUUCACUUGACUUUGCUGUGCUAUGGUGCCUGACUUUGGACAUUGCAUAAGAGCAUAUAGAGCAUUACAUAUAGAACAAAUGAUCUUCAUUCCAGAGCUGGUAAUACUUGGAUUUUGCUGUGUAAGGAAAGAUAAAAAAAGAUUUUUUUAGCAAAUAUGAUUCUGCUUCUGCCUGAAAAGUAUUAUGUAGCUUUUUUAAUCAUAUCUAUAUUAUGACUACU